AACACUGGACAGUGUCACUGCGCGGAGGAAUUCGGGCAGAUCACCAUGGAAACGUACUGUUGAGGAUGGCAGUUCUCCGAAGACCCAACUGUCAGUAGCCCUGUGUACAGACAGACACUAACAGGCCACACUUUCUGUGAUGGAGUUCCCCCAGCAUUCCCAGCAGCUCCUGUCAGCGCUGCGCUCCCAGCGUCAGCGGGGCUUCCUCUGUGACUGCACUGUCCUGGUGGGGUCAUCCUGUUUCCUGGCUCAUCGGGCUGUUUUGGCCUCCUGCUCGCCUUUCUUCCACAUGUUUUACUCAGAUUCCCCGUUGAGCAAUGGUGGAAGCAGCCAAAACGGCUCUGUCACGCUCGACAGCGACAUUGUCACAGCUGCUGCAUUUGGCUUGCUCUUGGACUUUGUCUAUGAAGGUGUGUUGCAACUGGAGGAGUCCCCGCCAGUGGAGGACAUAUUGGCGGCUGCAAGCUUUCUGCACAUGAAUGAGGUGGUGAGGGUGUGUAAGAGACGACUGCAGAGACGAGGGCCUCUGGCUGAGGCCGACAGUACUCGCUCUGAAGAGACUGCAGGCGUGAGGAAGUCAAUAGAAGUGGGAAGAGAAGGUGGGGGUGACGGUGGAGCUGAGCCUGUGGUGGCCAUGGCAGGAGAUCACCUGAAUCCAGUUGACAUGGCAGUGCCACUCUUGCCAAUGUGCAUAAUGGCGGAGAGGAGACAGUUGGAGUGUGUGAAGUCUGAGAGGAGGAAUGGAUCAGAGGCACGGAUUCACACUACUCUGAGUCCGGAUCUUGCUGAUACCACCCAGCCCGGUAUGGAUGCCCCUCUUCUGCCCCCAGGCGGAGAGCUGGAGCAGGGCCGCAUCACUGGUCACUCUGUCCCCACCCCUGGGCACACCAGGCUGGGGACUGGAAGCCAGGGGGAGAGGUCCGUACUCUGCAGCCCUUGCAGCACCACAGAAACCUACAGCCACAGCAGCAACCAGCAGCCCUCUUCCUCGUCGUCUUCCUCUCUGUUUCCAAUGAGUCUGGCUGGUGGUCGGUCAGUCGUUGCAUUUUCAGAAUCCAGUUUCUCCCCCAGCUCGCAUCAGGAACUACCACGAAUACCCCGCCAUAAUCACUCUAUACAGAAACCCUCAGAGACUGACCACAGAGGUUCAUCAGACGGAGGACAACAGGUGGUUAUGUUAAUCCAAGCCCCUGCACCCAUUUCUCACUUACAAACCAAUCCGACACACUCGCCAAUUCAGCGUGCACCUCCCCAAAUCCGAAUCCAGAGUGCUUUGUCACUCCAAAGCUCCGACUUUCACAUUAACUGUCACACACAAACCCAUAAGGGACUUGAAGAGAAUACGGGAGCUUCACCCACCACUCGAGAUGGGGGCAGAGUGAGGACAGACAACAGUGAUGAAGACAGUGUGAAAGUCAAAGUGGAGGCCAUAGUUAUAUCUGACGAAGAGCUGGAGGAGGAGAAAGAGGAGUUCAGAGAGAGAGAACCAGUGAUGGAACUGGACAAUGAUUUUGAAGAUGACGUCCAGGAAGAGGAGCUGAACAGUCCUUCAUUUCUCCACUCCCACCCACAGGCCCUAUUACAGAUGGCCUCCCAUUCAAACGAUUACUCCUUCCCUCUCUCACCCUCCUCCUCCUCUUCCGGGGCUGGUCCUUCCUCCCAUGAAACCUCCUCAUUUGCUGCCUCCCUGAUUCCUCCGUCCACAGCCCAGCAGCAUUCAGACCCUCCCGCCUACUUCCAGGACUCAAUGGGGAACUUUAUGGAGGAUGUCCCCACAUGCAGCGUCUGUGGGAAGACGUUCUCUUGCACGUACACAUUACGGCGUCACGCCAUUGUGCACACACGCGAGCGCCCUUACGAGUGCCGCUACUGCUAUCGGAGCUACACACAGUCAGGCGACCUGUACCGACACAUUCGCAAAGCUCACGACCACACACUGCCUGCCAAACGUAGCAAGGUCGACAUGGAGCCGUCCCUGCCACCACAACCACCACCACCUCUGAGCUAACACACACGGCUAUAUUUCUAUAUUUAUACACAUAUACCAAACUUUGAUCUAAUGUCACAACUCUAAUUCUACCCUCAACAGUAACUCGAGCAAUUGGCGGUUAUUUUCUCAAUCAGUCAAUUGACUGUUUUGUCUGUAAUAUGUCAGAAAAUGGUGAAGAUGUCCAUCACAAUGUUCCAAAGCUCAUGAUGGCUUCUUCAAAUGUCUUAUUUUUUUCCAUCUAACACUUAAAAACUCAAAAUUGUUAUAACACUAAAAUGAAAAGCACCGGAGGGAUGCAUACCCCGCCGCGUUGUAUGUAGGCUACUAUAUAUACUUUAUUUGUCCAGCCACAGUUUCAUAAUGAUACAAUUUUUUUUUACACAACAUCUCUAACUAAGUGUUUUGUGCCGUUGCUUCAUUGUAGAGCUGUGUGCAGUGCGCUUUGCCCUGUUGUCACUGGCCCAAUUACCAAAACUAAUUAAUACAAGGUCAUCUCAACAAGUUGCUCCUCUGUUUAGCCCCUAUUUAAAAAGACAGUUGCACAAUUGCCACUAGUUGUGCUGCCUCUUAACCAUCAGCCAAUAAACCAUCCUGCUACAUUUAUUCAAAUAUCUCUAAUAUUUUUAUUAUUAUACCAUGGCUGUUUAUUCUAAUGAGGACAAUUGGAUCCCCGUAAGCACAGAAAUACAAUAACUCAUACACAGAGUCAAUGGUCUCCACCAAUGAACCCAAAAAACGAUCUGAUACCUGAGCGAUUGUGUUACUCUUACUCUUUUUAAAAUUUCAGAGUUUUAACAUCUUGGUCUUUUAUUUAUACAUUUGUUUGGGUAUAAAAACAAUCACAAACUUUAUUGUUGUAAGAACGGAUGAGUCAGGAGAUGUACGAAAACGUUUGAAAGAGUUGUGACAUCCUAAACCUACUGUUAGCUUUAUCCACUCAAAACACAAGAGAAAGCUGUUGUAUUUUGAACUUCAGUUGAAUCAGUUAAUGUUAAUUUAUAAAAAUUGCCUUUCCAGUGUGACUCUGUGCCAGUGAAGGUUGACUGAUGUUGUAACAUUGUAUUGUUUUGUGUUUUAUUCACAGAAUGUGGCAGCGAAUGUCUGCAAAAAGUAUCAGAUCAGAAACCGGAUGUGUCAUUUUAAAUCUUAUAAAAUUUUAAAUGGAGCUUCUCCUUGCAUCAGUUUUCAUAAAGCCACUUCAUCAGUAGCAGAUGUAUUCAGUAUAUUUGAUGAAGCAGGUAAACGUGUCUUGUUUCUUCAUCUCCUCCAGCAGUGCAGUGAAGUCUUUAAUUAGGAAAAUUCCUUAAUGAGGCAACUGACCAAGGAAUAUAAUAUAUAAAAAGUGGCAGCUGUUCCGAAUUAUCCAAAUAUUAUUCUCCUUUUUUUUUGUAAAGACACUUGCAACAAAAUUUGCUGCACUGCAACUUCUCUGCUCUAGCUUUGUUAAAAUGACAAACGAUACAGUGGCCUACAGUAAAUUCACUCGCAAUUCACUCUCAGCACCGUGCCUUGUGUCCUGUGGUGUGGUUUCUUUCAGUCACAUUUUUCAUUAAUUUUUCCUUGACAUUUCCAAUCAGCACAAAAUUAAAGGAGGAAAAUAGGUUUUAAUUGUUGACGUUGACGUUCCCUGGUAGGAUUGUGAAGUGGAGGUGAGGGAGGAGUGAGCAACUUUUGGGAUCCACUCUUUAUGUUGGGCUCUGCUCAUUGUGUUGUGUUUCUCCUGUUGGAGAAGAGUGAAUAUACAGUACGAGUACUCUGUGACACAUGCAGAAAUUCUGCCUUCUCUUUUAAUGUUGAAAUUGAAUCUGUGAAUGUGCCUCAAUAACUGUUUGAUGCUUUGAAUUUGUUCUUCUGCACCAUUCCACCUGUUUUGGGAUUAGUAUGGGUAUCAGUAUAGAAACCUAAGAGUUUUGGAGUGGAUACUCAUAAGGGACAGUUGAGUCAGUGGUUGUUUAGAGUUUCAAUGUAGCAAGUGUUCAAAACAUAAAUAUUACCUUGUGAUUAAACACUGUUCAGACUAA